UUUCUCCAGGCCUCCGACUUUGCAAAGCAGCCGCUCGUCCCGAGCGCGCGGCGCCUGGAGGAGGAAGAGUUAAGCGCCGAUUUGUGUGUGUGUGUGUGAGAGAGAGAGAGAGCGUGCGAGCGCGCGCGUGUCUGUGUUUGUGCGGGUUUUUAUUCCUCCCCGCGAUUCCGAGAGCGGCGGAGAAACGGGAUUGCAACAGCGAAGCCAGGAGCUCCGGAGUAGAGCGGGGCGCGCCUCCCGCCUCACCGACUUUGGCCGGGUUUGGAGGGAUCCGGAGAGAAUUCAGCAUCAAUGCAGAGACACCGAGGUACAGAUUUCAUCCAGAAAAGCCUGCUGAACGUAUCCUGGUUUCUGAGACUGGCUGACCACUUAUGGUUAGGGGCUGACCUCCAGCGUUAUCGAUCACCUUCGGUGUUUGGAUUACCCAUUCCUUCAAGUUAUUCCUAGCCAUUCUGGAGCGGAAUGGUUCCUUCUGCUGUGGAGACCCCAACGCUUGGUCAUCACGGCAGUCUUUGCCUGCUUCCUUGGGGCACCCUGGCCUCUCCCGGCAGUCAGAUCUUCCUCCCAACCUCCUCAGUCAUUGUGGAUGUGGAGUUCCAAAGGUGGAAGAAAUAAGUCCUUCGACUUGCUUCAGGUGAAUCUUUCAUGGUUUCGGGGACCCAAUGCAGAAGGCUGCCAUGUUGAGGCACCAACUCGCUGCAGGGACAAUCACCAUGUCUGUCUCCUGAGAUGCCAGGCCCUUGGGCAAAAUGGAAGCAGCCAACACCAAGUCAUUCUUCUGGGAGACCUUCCCACCCAUGCCUACCUGUCGGGUAUACUGCAGCCCAACCUAUCAGGAGGGACACCUCUUUGUGGUGGGCGGGUGCAGCCAGCAAGGCCAGCCAUUGGACACCCUGGAAAUGUUGGACGUGGUUUCCCACAAGUGGAUGGCGUUACCUUCUAUGCCCACCCCACGGGCAGGGGCAGCGGCUGUGAUGCUUGGCAAGGAAGUGUUGGUGAUUGGUGGGGUUGACUCCACACAGAGACCCCUGGCCUCCGUCGAAGUCUACCACACCGAUGAAGGCAGGUGGGAGAAAAAAGCAGACCUGGCUCAGCCUUCAAUGGGCAUCUCAGCCCUUGAGAAAGAUGGAGUGGUUUAUGCUUUAGGUGGAAUGGGUGCAGACACGUCUCCACAAGCUCUCCUGCGAAUGUAUGAACCAGCUAAGGAUCAUUGGCAGUCUUUGCCGCCCAUGCCGACACCUUGCUAUGGGGUUUCUGCUUUCUUGCAUGGGAACAAGAUCUACGUGAUGGGAGGACGACAAGGCAAGCUUCCUGUCACGGCCUUUGAAGCGUUUGAUCUGGAAGUGAGAAGCUGGACACGCUACCCCAGCGUGCCCAGUCGGCGUGCCUUUGCCAGCUGUGCCAUGGCUGAGGGUUGCUUCUUCAGCUUGGGAGGACUGCAACAGCCCGGCCCCCAUAACUUCUAUUCCCGACCCCACUUUGUCAACACCGUGGAGAUGUUUGACUUAGAGGAAGGGUCUUGGAGUCGGCUAAGCCGGGCCAUCCGCAUGAGAGACAAAAGGGCUGACUUCGUAGCUGGGCAACUUGGUGGACGUGUGAUAGUAGCUGGUGGCCUUGGGAACCAAUCAAGUCCUCUGGGAUCUGCGGAAGGAUUUAAUCUGGCUAAGAAGAAAUGGGAGCCUUUGCCCUCCAUGUCUAUCGGGCGCUGCUCUUGUGCUAGUUUGGAAGCACCCAACCUGCUGUUUGUGAUCGGAGGGGUGGCUCAAGGCCCCAGCGGUGCAGUGGAGGCCCUGAGCUUACAGGAGGAGGUCUGAUUGAAGGUUAUUAUGAAAAGGUUUCCCCGUGCCAGCACCAAGGAGGACUCAAAAGUGCCUGUUGACGACAGCAUUAGCAUACGAGGAGGGAGCAGCGAGGAGAGCUUUAUGGCCAACGUUGAGGCCUGCUGCGGUGACUUUUCCUUUUGCCAUUCUGCAAAUAACUCAUUUCAUCUCUGCAAAGCAUCAAGUAGCUCAGAGACCAGAGCAGUCUGUUCUGUAGGCGAGGCUAGGGGUCAAGCAGUUUAGCGGCUCUGACUGCCGGAGGACAAAGUAGGUUUGACGCGGUUGAUUCUUUUGAUGUGCAGCUGUGGAUUUCUUCGCAUAGCUUUCCAAAGGAACAGGAUUGGGAAUUUGGGCUUGGUCUGGGUGAACUCUGAUUGGAGCGGCUGCGUGACUGCCUCCUCAUAAGCAAAACUCUCCAAUUCUACUCUCUUCCUUUUGGUUAUUUACUUAUAUUCCACUGCAAUAGAAUAUAAAGCCAAUACACCACAACAAUACUGUCAUUAUUAUUUUAUUUUUUUUGGCUUUGAUGAAGCUCUCUAGCUUAAAGAUCUUCCCCCCCCUUUCUGUGGCUCAGCUACUCUGCAGAUUGUCAUUGCCGCAUUAGUAAGACUCAUAUAUAGCAUCGCACUAUUAAUCGUCUAAGAAAAAAAGGGGGUAAGAGAUGACCUGAGUUGAUUGAGUUUGGGAGAUCCAUUUGCAAUGAAGUCAGCACAAAGCUCGGGACACAGCUUCACCCAUCUUCUAGCCAAGCCUGUUUGACAGCAUAGAUUGUCUCUUACUUAUGAAAGACAGCAACGUUCCUUCAGCUGGGUCUGGGGAAGAGUAACCGGAAGUGCUGUCCCCGUGGAGCAGGUACUCCAGUAUUUUUGCUUCAAGUUGUGAUUGCUAUCCUUGUGCUGAUGCCUCUCUUGCUGCAUAGCUGAGUGGACUCUAGGACUCUGGGUGUAGCCAUUGCACCCCACGUGGUAUGUUCCUAACUCUGUGUCUCAUGUAGCACAUAAGGUACCCUCUAGUUCAGUGCCUAGGAGGUGGUGUAGCACCUCACGCCAAUAAAAUCUGGAUUUUUUUCCCCUCUG